AUGACCACCUGCGAGACCGGGACCUCCCUCACGGAGUGCCUUGAAAGGAUGCGAAAGGGUAAAACGCGCCAGAUCGUGGUGUUGACCGAAAAACGUGGAAGCGGUGCUAUAAAUAAUCAUUGUCAAUCCAAUAACAUUAGUACGAUGAGUAAUCUAAAAGAAAAGGGUGAAAAGGAGGAGGAUUUAUCUUUUGCCUCGGGGGUGGUCGCGGUUCUGGAUGUCGAGCAGAUCGUUGCCUACCUCGGUGUGUUGUUUUUUAACCUCGAGAAGGCCUCGGAGGGGCUGUGGAGCCUGACUAGUGGCUCAAGCUUCGAGAACGUGAAUGAGAAUAACGUGGAGUUUAACGUCCACGAGAGGGCCGAGAAUCUUCUCAUUAAUAAUAAUCGAAAUGAUAUCACUAAUGAUGGAAAUAGUAAUUCGAAUAAUAAUAAUAGCCCGCUUAGAGAAGUGGCAAAUGGAUGUGUGGAAAACGUGCGCACACCAACGCUUCUGCGGGAAGGGAACUAUGAGAUGGGGAAUUUGCUCGAAUUGUACGAUGACAUCGAUGAGCCCACGCUGCCGGUGAAUAUUAGCGCAAUUCUGGAAAAGAUGAAACCCCAUGGGGCCACUUUGGAGCCUCGUGCGGGGCCUUUCUACUCGCUGUUUGAUAUUCCAUUUAAUAAACUACCGGAAAAGAUCGCGGCGCUCCGUCGAAGAGCGGUUUACGUGACCAUGAUGCAGACCCUCCGCGAGGCGUUGGUGCUCAUGUUGAAUUACGAUAUUGAAAGCAUCGCCGUCUGCGAUUCUGCGCGGAUUAUUCGAGAGGUGAUAAGUUGUAGUGAUCUCCUACGGAUGGAGAAUCAUGGCGUGUAUGAUAUUAACAUGACCGUGAGCGAGGCGGUUAGUGGGAAAAGCUCGGAAAAGGUCUUUGUUUUCCACGAGAACGAUACUGUGCGUGAGAUUUUCACGCAUUUCGUUCGUCAACGAGUGAAAGUGCUUUUUAUGGUGGAUCCCGAUUCAGGGGUUCUAAAAGGGCAACUCAGUGUAAGCGAAUUCGUCUUUUUCUUAGUAUCAGGCCACGUAUAA